CAGGCAGUCAAUCAAAUCUAUUCACGCAAACGGCGCGUAGCCUGUCGUAAAUCUUCACGCCAUGAGUUUACAGUGCCAGCGGGUGAUUAAGCUUGUAUUUCAUUUUUACCUUGACCGCUAAACAAGAUGCCUGAUCUGGGUCUCUGGUCAUCCAAGCAUGCGCCGUACGUACGCGCCAACCGCUCGAAAGCCAAAGAGCCGAACGGUAUGAACGGUGCAGAGCGCGCGCGGGGAAACGAGCCCUCGGUCGAAUUGGCACGAUUUCAGCACGCUGUACGAAGGCUAAAGUGGAAGCUUCCGUACUUGGCAGACUCGCAUCGUAAAGCUACUUGUAUGCUUGACGACAACGGUCUCGCCGAGGACGAGAAGAAGGAGAUCGAGACUAUGUUCAAGCUAGAUUUCUACGAAUACUAUACUGUCCUUGAGAAGGCGUUGGUCCAUUUGCUGGGCGUCUGGGACAUCGCCGUCGAAGCCCUUAGGAAUGACCUGACACACACGUAUCACGCAGCUAUUCUUACGACCCUGCAAGCGCCUACGAAUCCGCUGUACAAAGUGCUUGGUUGUCAACCAGUGUUCGGCCAUCUGCUAGCUGCAAAACAACUGAGGAACAGAUGGAAGAAUGCCGAAGUUGCAGGUCAGGACGAUAGUCCACCACCGCUGCAGGCUUUCGAGAUCGAGCAAAUGUUGCUAUCUAUUUUCAACGCCUUUGACGAAGCGGAACGGUUGGCGCGAGAUCAUCUCCGCAAGAGUCAGAACGACGGCGAUCGGGGUGGAAAGCUAGAUGAGAAGGAGAUAGAAUUAGAAGCCAUAGAAUACGUUGAUGAAAUGGACUGGGAAUAGAGCAUUUCGAGGUCAAACAUCCAUGCAUGCAGCCCUCAAAAUCCACAAUCAUGUCUGCUUCGAUCAAAUUAUCCAAAAGCUCACGUAAUUCGAUUGGCACGUCUACUUUCACAAGAUCGUGCCAAAGCGACCACAAGAGCCGAUUGGGCAAGCUUUGCGAAUGACGGGAAUUUUUGGUGGUAGUUCUUCUCCUGCAAGUAUCCGGUCUCAUGUGGCAAGAAUCAUCGCAACAAGUUGCAUCGUCUGACUAUUCAAAGUGGAUAUAUUUUGAUACCUGAACGGCAUUUCUCCAGCUGAUCGCCGAUUCGUGCCCAUUGAACGAAAAUACACUGCUUGAAAGCGGCACAAGCGACGACAAAAAUCCGCCGCAGAUGGUUUCAUAAGCGUCCCACCGAA